GCCCCAACUUAACGGAUGUUGAGCGAAUGUCAAAGAUGGCGCUCCCCAUGUAGACAGUAAUGUCUUCAUUAUGUAUUGCAUUGACUUGUGAAUCGUAGACUGCCUCUUUGGAACUGAAUUUAAUAUUUAUUUCUGGAUUUUUUUAUAACUAUAUGUAAGGGUAGAGGAUCUUGGCAGAGAUCAUGGCGGUUCUGGGCGACAUAAGUCGAAGUGUUCGACUGCUGUUAGGUCAAAUGCAUCGCUGCAGGACGACUACUGCUGGGAGCAAAUCUCUACUGUUGGCUCGGGGAUUCGGCCAGGCAGCCCCGCAGUCCAAGCCGGUGGUCGAUGACAACGAGGCGGUCAAUCCGACGUUUGUCAACAGGAACCCCCGCAACCUCGAGCAGAUGGCCCUGGCAAUGAAAGACAGGGGAUGGGGUACGACCUGGCCCCAUAGAGAGUUCUACCACAGGUUAGUGUUCACCCGCUCCCAGCACCAUGUGACGGCUGAGGUGUUGGCCUGCGACUCCCCCACCCCGGUGCUCUCCUGCUCCACCAAGGAGUGGGCGGUGAAGCGGGAGCUGGCCUCCACCCGCUGCGUCGCGGCCUGCCAGGCCGUGGGCGAGGUCCUGGCCGAGAGGUGCCACCGGGCGGGCAUCAAGCGCAUGGUGUACCGGGCCAUCCCCUGGCAGUUCCGCUCAGACGCUAUCCAGUCCUUUAGGACGGCGCUGAAGGACGGAGGACUGGUCCUCAGUGAGCCCAGGAGGCAGUACAUCGCACCCAGAGUCAAGGCCCCGUCAGGCCCCAUGUGAAUAUUGAAUAUUGUUAUUGCAAAUCUGAAUUAAAAGAAUGGUUAACUUGU